AUGGGUUACGGUAUUCCUCACAACAAAUCAAAGCAUCCCAACAGUCCCAGAGCUAGCUCGCAUUUCUCUACUACUCCCACUUCUAUAUACCUCUUUCCCAACUACUUCCAUUCUAUACCUCUGCAGUUUUUUCGAGGAGAGAUACUAGAAAAGAUCACAUUUCUUGGCAAAAUGGAGAGGGUAUCGAGAAUGGUGUCGGAACGACCGGUGGUGAUCUUCAGCAAGAGCUCUUGCUGCAUGUGCCACACCAUCAAGUCCCUAUUCUCUGACUUUGGUGUUAAUCCAACUGUGCACGAGCUCGAUGAAGUCCGAGGCAGUCGGGACAUCGAGCAGGCUCUUGUCCGGUUCGGUUGUAACCCAACCGUGCCUGCAGUCUUCAUCGGUGGUAAGCUGGUGGGUGGAGCUAAUGAGGUGAUGAGUCUUCACCUCAAACGGUCACUAAAACCAAUGCUUAAACAGGCGGGAGCUUUGUGGGUUUGACGAUAUGAGCUUGAUAAUCCGACGCUAAUAAUAACGCAUUUUCGAUGCAUAAUGUGAUACUAAAUGUCGGAUUAGUUAGCAUACAUAUUUAC